GCCGCCCCGGAGUACAGAUCUUGCAUCGUCCGCCCGCAGCCUGACCGCGCGUUCCCUCACACUCGCGCCUUUCCCUUGGCAUAGCGGACGCCGGAGGAUCGGGGCGGCAAUUUGCCAUUUACUUUUUAAAUUAAAAUUAUUAUUUUUGCCUGUUGGAUUUGGGGGAGGGAUUUUUUUUAUUUGCUAUUAUUUUUACGAUUUUUGUUUGACUGAAACAAACCCUCCGGGGACGUUUCCGUGAGGUUUCGGGAUACAGGAGCGGAGACUACCGAGGUAAGGCAGCCAACCUCGCGAGCCGGUGCACAGUCAAGGACAAAAGGCGCUCGGCGCUGCCGGUGCUCAUCAACAUGAAGAAGACCGAAAUGGGAAGGUUCAGUAUUUCCCCCGAUGAGGACAGCAGCAGCUACAGUUCCAACAGCGACUUCAACUACUCCUACCCCACCAAGCAAGCUGCUCUGAAAAGCCAUUAUGCAGAUGUAGAUCCUGAAAACCAGAACUUUUUACUUGAAUCGAAUUUGGGGAAGAAGAAGUAUGAAACAGACUUUCAUCCAGGUACUACUUCCUUUGGAAUGUCAGUAUUUAAUCUGAGCAAUGCGAUUGUGGGCAGUGGAAUCCUUGGGCUUUCUUAUGCCAUGGCUAAUACUGGAAUUGCUCUUUUUAUAAUUCUCUUGACAUUCGUGUCAAUAUUUUCCCUGUAUUCGGUUCAUCUCCUUUUGAAGACUGCCAAUGAAGGAGGGUCUUUAUUGUAUGAACAACUGGGAUAUAAGGCAUUUGGACUGGUUGGGAAGCUAGCAGCCUCUGGAUCGAUUACUAUGCAGAACAUUGGAGCUAUGUCAAGCUACCUCUUCAUAGUGAAAUAUGAGUUACCUUUGGUGAUCAAGGCAUUAAUGAACAUUGAAGAUACAACUGGAUUGUGGUAUCUAAAUGGGGACUAUUUGGUUCUGCUGGUGUCGUUGGUGCUCAUUCUUCCUUUGUCGCUGCUGAGAAAUUUAGGAUAUUUGGGAUACACCAGUGGCCUUUCCUUGUUGUGUAUGAUGUUCUUUCUCAUUGUGGUAAUUUGCAAGAAAUUUCAGAUCCCUUGUCCUGUGGAACUUGCUUUGGUAAUUAAUGAAACAAUGAACAGCACCUUAACACAGCCAGCAGGUUUUGCAGUUGAAUUGAAUUUGAACAUAUCUGAAAUCGAGUCUUGCAAACCACGUUAUUUUAUCUUCAAUUCACAGACUGUCUAUGCUGUACCAAUUCUGACGUUUUCAUUUGUCUGUCACCCUGCUGUUCUUCCCAUCUAUGAAGAGCUGAAAGGCCGCAGCCGUAGAAGGAUGAUGGACGUGUCCAGGAUUUCAUUCUUUGCUAUGUUUCUCAUGUAUCUGCUUGCUGCUCUCUUCGGAUACCUGACAUUUUAUGAACACGUUGAGUCAGAAUUGCUUCAUACCUACUCUUCUGUCAUGAAGACUGAUAUUCUUCUUCUUAUUGUCCGUUUGGCUGUGUUAGUGGCUGUCACCCUAACAGUACCCGUCGUGAUUUUCCCAAUCCGGAGUUCUGUAACACACCUGCUUUGUGCAGCAAAAGAUUUCAGUUGGUGGCGUCACAGUCUCAUUACAGUGUCUAUCUUGGCAUUUACCAAUUUGCUUGUCAUCUUUGUCCCAACUAUUAGGGAUAUCUUUGGUUUCAUUGGUGCAUCGGCAGCUGCUAUGCUGAUUUUUAUUCUUCCAUCUGCCUUCUAUAUCAAAUUAGUGAAGAAAGAAUCUAUGAAAUCCGUGCAGAAGAUUGGGGCUAUGUUUUUCCUGAUGAGUGGCGUAGUGGUGAUGAUCGGAAGCAUGGCAUUGAUUGUUUUGGAUUGGGUACACGAUGCCUUUGGAGGUGGCCAUUAAACCACCACCGCUCACUCAAACUCCAGUAGUCCAUCUGAUGCCAGUGUUGAGUCAACUCUCAGCUACUCUGAAAUUUCACCUAAGUUUUCAGUUCACUUCCUUUUGAGGUGCAGAUUCCUCGCUGGUUCUUCUGAAUGCAGAAUAAGUGAACUUUUCUUUUCUUAAUGUUUUUCAAAGAAACUUAUCUGUAUGUUAGGAAUGGAUGUUAACAACACAACCACGAGUCUCGGGUUAAGGGAAGUGACAAUUUUAUUCCAUUCCAGAGAAUGGACAGACUUAACUUUUAUCAGGCCACAUGUUUGGCUGUGUCAUUGUUUAUCUUGGAUAUUUUAUGAUUUUACUUGAAUGUGCCUAAUGGAACCAUUUGAUGUGAGAAACAGUUCUUCUUAAUUUACAGCAAAGUACUGAAAUAACCAUUGAGAGAAACACUUUAUUUUUUGUACCAAAAAUACUUAAAGACCUCAGAAGCACUAUUUUACUUUUAAGAAAUUGCAUUUUUUGAACUUUAUCGGGAAACCGUUGUCAAUAAAUUCCACAAAAUAAUUUCGUUAGUAUUUAAAAACAAAGAUUAGUAUUAUGAAAUGAUUUGCCUUUUUUGUAGGCAUUAUAAGCCAAAUACUUUUUUACCCAAAAUAAUUUUUAGAGACAAUGUAGUGAAAAAUUGUACUAUGAAUUAGGAGCAUAGAUUUUUCCAUUCAAACUUCAUUUAAAGGAUAAUUGAUUACCACUAUUCCAAAUCAGGUUGAAAUCUGUUCGUUGCUUCUCUUCUCUAUCCCCAAAUAAUUUGGUUCAUCCAAACUGAAAUGUUUAGGUCUUCAGCCUACUUGAAUGGAAAAUGAUGCAGAUAUUUCUGUGGGAAAUAAAAUAACUGAUUUUGAGGUACCAAAUAGUGCAAUUGAGUAAAACAGGGUUUAUUCAGUUGCAUCUGUCUCCAGAGUUGUAUUGACAGCUCUGGGUCUCAUUUUUUUUGGGCCAGCCCUUUUUAAAAUAUUGCUUCCAGCAGUGAAAAGUGGGCAUUUAAUGGCAAAUGGCCAAAUAUCCAGAGAGUACAACAUUUCACAAUGCUCAUCUACUGGAAGUGUGAUUUACUUGACAUUGUACAGCUUAGUUGUGUAUGUGUUUCGUCUACAGUAGAGGUCUUAUACAUAGGUUACACCCAUAUUUGAUAUAAUACAAGUUCUCAUCCAGGCCACUGGGUUUCCCAUGCAGUAAGCUUUUUUAAAAACUCAAAAGUGCACUGGAUUGUCAUCUCAUUCACGUACAAUGCAGAAUUAUUUGUUUACAUCCAACAAAUGAUUAGUUAGGGAAUACAGUGGAACUUGGUUGUACGUGGUGGUUUUGGUCCAACUGCAUGUUCACCCUUCCAUUUCAGUUCCAGUUACAAGUGAAACCAUUUGAAACGGCUUUAGAGCACAUUUAUCGUACGUUAUGGUGUAUGGUGAAUAUAUUAAGUAAUGUGGUACUUUGCUCAUCAGGCAUAAUGUCUAAAAUCUAAUAUGCAUAAUUCCAUUAAAUGGUCGAGGGAAGCAAAUGAUGGAAUCAAUUGGUUAUAUCUGGCUCUUAGGUCUUUAUGGUGAACUAAAGGUUUUUAGUUUUAGGCAAGGGCCAGAAAUGUGGCAGACAUGGUUUUUGUUACACAUUCUUGUAUCAUAUGUGACUAAAUUUACAGACAAAAUGUGUCUGUAAUUGAAGACCCUUACACAACUGGAAGACGUCUUGUAGUGCUACAUUGAGUGAACCCAAUGGUUUAUUUUUAUUUCUACAAAGAUUAAUUGGAGACCAUCUAGAAAUAGAAAGGCAGUGAGAAGACAAUUCUACAGCACUGCUUUCAUCCAUUCGAAUCCUGAAUCUCACCUUUCAUUCAGACCAAGAAUUUGACACUUCUGCUUGAAUUCCUGGAAAGAGUUCCUGAAGAGACCUGCCAGAGAAGAGGAGGAAAAAAAAAAGUUUUCUGCAGUUCACAUCCUUUUGUAUGGAAGAAGGUACCAUGGCAACCAGGAAGAAUGGAGAAAAAGAAAUCCUCUCACAGCAAAUGAAUGUGGGAGGUCCCCCUAACCUCUGGCUAUUUGAGGUUCAAAAUCAACUCCUAGGGUAAAUUUCAAUGCAUGAUAUGGAGCUACCUUGUCUGCCUUGAGGUUCCUAAACAGUGAAUCCCCGUUCAUGAGCAGUCUUCAGUAUUAAAACCACUGUCUCGUCACCUCAUUUUGCAUUACUGUCUUCCGUGGAUGUUUCAGUUACAACUGUAAUGUUAUUUAUAGAACAGCAUUAAUCCAUUAAAGCUAACCUAUUUUUCAAUAUUUAUGAUAAUCUAUGUACAUACAUUGUCUGUCCAUAUGUAUUUGUAAAUAGGUUGUAUAUAAUGUCAGGACUGGGUCUUGGGUUCAAGUGUAUAUAUUCCUGUAAGUUUCUUAACUGCAUUUUGAUGAAUUCACAUAUGUCUCCAAAAGUACCUAUGCAGAGAAUUCAGUAUAUAAGAAAAAUAACACUGUGUACAAACACUAAACAUUUAAAAAUACUUGUUUAUAUUUGCAAUAAACUGGUUGAACAUUGAAUUUUUUUCAUGAAAACUUGGUGCCAGUUCAGAUCUCUUAUUUCAAUUUUAAAUAAGGUCUAAAUUUUCAAAAUGCAGUAGUUGUCAAAAUGUGAUCUCUAAUGAAAUCAAAUGUGACCUAGUGUGUUAAAAGACCUUGGUGAACUUGGGUAUGUUAGCUUGCUGUGUAUAUAGUAUAAAUAUCCCCACUGUACUGUUAGAGGCCAACAAUUCCAGUGUGGCUUGUUGGCAAGGAGUGCUACACCAGUUUCAAUGAAACAAUGUAAUGUUUUAACUGAACUAAAAUAAAUACAUGCUUAAUCCUGA